AUGAAUCACCGAGGGAGAGUCAGUCCUGGAACUGCAGCUCCAGCAGAAGAGAGAAGCUGCUCCUGGCUGAACCCCUGGGUCUUUCUUGUUUCUGUCCUUGCCAUCAAAACUGCCUUUGUAACCAUCUGCCUUGUUGUUUUCCUUCACGGAAGCUAUGGCCAGUACAAGACUCUGCUCCAGAACGCUACGGGGUGGUGCUGCGUCCCCAGUGUAUCUGCAGGCAAAAAGGAAAGCUGGACGUGCUGCCCAAAGGGCUGGAAACACUUCCAAAAGAGCUGCUAUUACGUGUCAGAUGACAAGAUGCCCUGGGCUGAGAGUGUGCAGAACUGCACUGGGAUGGGCUCCCACCUGGUGGUGAUCAACAGCAAAGCAGAGCAGGAGUUCCUCUUCAACUUGGUGAAAGGAGUAUUUACUAAAGCCUAUGAAACAAAAUACUACAUAGGCUUAACUGCUUACGAAAAUGGGCAAUGGCAGUGGGUGGAUCAGACUCCAUAUAAGAAGGCAGCCACGUUCUGGAAACCCGGGGAACCCAAUUUACUCUUUGCAGAAAAAUGUGCUGCAAUUCAUGUCAAGGGAAACACAGACGCCAACACUUUCAGUAACUGGAAUAACAUCCUUUGCUUCACAAGUUGCUAUCGAAUUUGUGAACUGGCAAUCAAAUUUAUCUGA